GUCAUCGCGCCAGCAGGUCACAAAUCUGGUGCCAGCAACAAAAGCACAGUCGUUCCAAAUUGCACGCGGCUCUGCCGGCUGCUACAUACGUGCUCUUCUCAGUGUACAGUGCCGGCUUAGGGUCGAGCGAACUGCGUCUAGUAAACAUGUCUCGGUGGUGCACGCUGACGGUGGCUCUCUUCGGAUUCCUUACCGCCGUACUGUACGUCGAAGCCCAGGAGAUCCUAUGCCCCCAACACAAGCACUUGGAAGGUGAAGUUCAAAAAUGCAAGGAGCUCCUCCCAGAUCUCUCAGGCAAAAAAGAAAAGUUGGCUGCACUGAGCAUCCGCUACGGCCUCCGCUGUGCGCGCGAGGUUGACCCCGACAUCUCGCUGCCCGACAUUCGAGACCGUCGCUGCAAAAAGGACGACCCUCAAGACUUUCCCAGAAAGUUCUACCAAUGCUGGAAUAGGCUGCUCGAUACCGACGAGUUAUUGACACGAGUUGGCUUUAGCGGGGACGAGUUGGACAGAUUCAGAGGAGCAGCGAAAUGCGUCAACAACGUCAUCGAAAGGACCUUGGCUGAAUGAUUGCCCUUACGCCGGUCCGGGAUCAUCAAGGAAGAUCACUUUCUCUGUAAACUAUCUACCAGCGUGAUCCCCAGCAAGUUCUUGGAAGGACGCCCAGAACCUAAACAACAAGUCACACGCCCAAGCCCACCAAACGACAUUUUUGCCUGUAUUAUGCUCAAGAAGGACUGAACCGGCUCUUGUACUACAAGUGCUGCAAAGGACAAAUUGCCAGUCUGUUUCUAAAGUUUAACAUUUGUUUUUACAGCCGCGGUUCAUUACGUUCGGCGUAUGUUUUGAAGAAGUGCAGCUGCUCGCGGGCUGCAAUAAUUUUAUUUAUUAGAUUAACGCGCCGACAUACACACAAGUCAUAGAAACCAAUGACAUUAUUGAAGAGAAAUAUUGUGUGAAAAUAAAGGUUAACGAUUUAAGAACAUGUA